UCACUUCCGCAAACAACCAACAUGGCGGCCCCCGGCGAGCCGUCUAAUGUUGCGGAUCCUCAUCCCCCAAAUGAACGUAUUCAGAUGGAAUCAGAGUUCGCCGUUGACGGUGCCUUAAGUAAGCGGGAUGUGCCCGUGAAACGGGACCCGGCAAUCCCGCUCUUGUCACCAGUGACCGGUUCGCGGCCGCUUGUUUGGUCGCAGGAUCAUCGGCUAGCAGUUUGCACUGCCAGCUCGUUGGCGGUGAUGGAGCUGCUUUGCGACAUCCACAGCAUCAAGCAGGAGCUGACGCUCAACAGGACUUCCAUUUCUGUCCCUAAUAUGAGUUACGAAAUGCUGGUUGGACCCCCUAAAGAGCAGGUUAAAGCCUUGAAGCAUUUUAAGACACACCCUGAUCUGACCACAAGGCAAGAGUUUAACUUGGAUCGGGUCAUGAAACACUUGGGAGGAAAUAAAGGAAUUAAAUAUGCUAGUUGGUCACCUUACCGUUGCGAUUCCAGGGGCCGCUGCUUGCUAGCGUGCCUAACCCUUGACCACAGACUCACCAUACAUCACCAUAACCGUCUUUUCUGGAACACGCUGGUCAAUCUCACCGACAAGUACGGUGAGAUACUCCAAGAACGGGGCUAUGCCAAAAAAGACAAGAAGCCGCCUGAGAAAACCCUCUUGGAUUUUGAGGAGCUCCAGCGGCGUUACCAGAUGCAGACCCCUGUAAGGAUGGAGUGGUCGAACAUUUACACGCUCAAACAAGUGCAGUCCGACAACUUGUGCCUCGAUGUGGAGAUGGUCUUCCUAGCCGUCUUGAUGGAAAAUGGCGACCUUGUUUUGUGGAAGUUUGUGUUGCCCUUCGAGAACGGUGUGGAUGUUGUCUUUUACGAUGCCAUUGAAUCAAGUGUGAGCAGCCCCACUGAUUUGGCAUGGUGGGAGUAUAAAAACGCAGAUCGGCAAAUGAGCGGCUUGAUCGUCGGCAGCGAGUUGGGCCCUAUAAAGAUCAUGCCAGUCAGCUUGGCGGGGGUCAAGGGUUACUUCACCCUGCGACACCCCGUCAUCCUCUGGAAGGAGUGUGACCGGAUCCCUGUCGAGAACAUCAAAUGCGUGUCGUUGGUCCACCCGCUUCACAAAUCCACCUGCAGCCUCAUCGUGGCCUCUCGCGGUUGCUACAUCUUCUGGUGUUUGCUUAUGAUUUCGCCAUCUGGACUAAAUGUGCACAACUCACAUGUGGUGGGCCUUCACUCGCUUCCUGUGGUCUCGCUAGCAGUCAGCCAGCACGGUGUUGUGUACACAUGCUGCAAUGAUGGUUGGAUCAAAAAGCUGACACCAAAAAUCACAGAAAGUACAUUGACUUUCAAUCAGGAGGACUUGUUUUGCCCUGAAAAUCUGACAAACCGGCGCCUACAUGGGAUUGCGGUGAGCCACAAUGGAGCCUAUCUUGCGCUGGUGAGCACACAAGGCAUGGUUGACUCAUUUCACCCAAUUCACAAGACCUAUCAUGUGAACUUUAUCGCUUUAAAAUUGCCAGAAACAGCAGCUGGGAUCUUGCUAAAAUCUCCCGUGGAGAACCUGUACAAGCAGGCCGACCUGCUGGACCUUGUUAGGUGGAGCAUCUUAAAAAACAAAAGCAUUCCUGAGGCAUUGCUGCAGGAGCUUGAUCAGAAGAUCCGUGAGGUGGACUCUCCUUACUUCUGGCGCUUGAAGCUCUUUUUGGUCCGUUUUCUGCACAAGUCAUUUCAGACACCGCUGACAGAAAACCAAUGGAAACCUUCUCAAGAGAUCAGCAGUGUGCUCAUUCAGGACGAGGAGGAAGAUUUGACUGGAGAGGAUGACGCGGCCAACUGCAGUAAAGCAAGAAAGCGUCAGAAUCCAGAGGAGGAGAUGGAGCAGGUGCAAGCGUCGAUCCGUUUGGUGGAGGUCCACUUAGUGAAAGAGAGCAUGAAGAAGUUGCUUGGGGAGGUGUACCUCAACACCCAGAAAACACAGAAGACGUGCAUUCCCACUAGCGGACUGGCUGAGUACCUCUUGAAGGAUUCUGAUGACAAGAAUGUGGAGGUCUUGAUUGGUCACAUCAAGAAAAAGAUGAACAAGCAGACAUUCCCAGAGUUCUGCAGUUUGUGUCAAGAGGUUCUGCCCUUCACAGACCACAAAGAAGCAGUGUGCAACAAUGGUCACAAGUGGCUCAGGUGUGCGUUGUCCUAUCAGGCUUGCCAAGCGCUGACGUUUAGACGCUGCCUCUUGCAGGAUAGCAUCUCCGGAAUCCCAGAGCCUGAUGACCCGCAGUGGAUAAAGAAGAUACUGCAAGCGCCGUGCUCACUAUGUGACUCGCCGAUGAUCUAGACAGCAGGAAACAUCAGCAAAUUCCUGCAACGGCUACAGUUUUACAAUCACUGCAAUAUAUCUGUUAAUUAUAUCAUGUUAUAUUUAUGUCUUAAAAUUGGAAAUAAAAGUCUUUGAAGAUA